UUGCCUGUUGUUAUUCAUUGGCCACUUGUUACACUCUUCUUUAAAGUUCCAAGGUCAUAGCUUCAUCGUAGGCAAUCUGGUUCAAAAUGAUUCACGUCUUGAAAAGCCGUUCAACGCUUCUCACGGCAUCAUCGAUUGUGCGAACCUCGGUUGGUUCCUCGUCCCGGUACUCUCAGACCCGCACUUACUCUCGCACUCAUUCCUGGUCCAAAGACGCUUCCGGAGGCGCUAUAUCGGUGCUGCCUACCAAGCUUCCCUUCGGUGAACAGGCGCCUCGAUUUCCACACACUCUCGGCCUCCCUCUGGUAUCGAGACCUUUGUUUCCAGGACUCGUCACCUCGGUGACGCUUACGGACGAAGCCACCAUUGACGCCAUGGAAGCCUUGACCAAAAACCAAGAUCAAGCCUACGUGAGUUGUUUUUUGCGCAAAAAGAACCCCACAGGUGUAUCGGAAGGUGGCGUCAUCUUGGCCACUCCCGAAGUUAUUACCGAUCCUUCCGACAUAUACCACGUGGGAACCUUUGCCCAAAUCCAACGAUUGACCAGGGGCGAUGAAACCGCUGCUACUCUCAUUCUGCUGGCGCAUCGGCGCCUAGACCUCGAAUAUGUGGACAAAAUUGGACCACCGAUUGAUGUCACGGUGAAACAUUGGAAUCGAUCCGAUUACACGGGUGCCGACGACACGAUCCGUGCACUAUCUAACGAAAUUAUCAGUACUAUUCGAGAAGUUGCGCAGGUGAAUAUGUUGUUUCGGGAAAAUUUGCAAUACUUUCCUAUGCGCGUGGACGCCAAUGAUCCCUUUCGAUUGGCGGAUUUUGCUGCAAGCAUCAGUGCGUCGGGGACACCGGAAGAUCUGCAAGCCGUGCUGGAAGAAAAAGAUGCCGAAAUGCGUCUCCACAAAGCGUUGGUUUUGCUAAAUAGAGAGAGGGAAGUUAGCAAGCUUCAACAAGAAAUUUCGCAAAAGGUUGAGGAGAGAAUGACUGAAGCACAACGAAAGUACUUUUUGACGGAACAACUUAAAUCGAUCAAGAAGGAGCUUGGUAUGGAGCGGGAUGAUAAGGACACACUGAUUGAAAAGUAUCGCAAAACCCUUUCGGAAUAUCCGCACGUCCCUGAAGAGGCUAUGGAGACAAUUGACGCUGAAUUGGAAAAGUUUUCGACUUUAGAAAAAAACUCCCCCGAGUACAAUGUAACUAGGAGCUAUUUGGAUUGGCUCACGAGCGUGCCGUGGGGAGUCGAGACGGAAGAAAACUUCGAUAUUCAGAAAGCACGAAAGACACUAGAUCGCGACCAUUAUGGGUUGGACGACGUCAAAGACACCAUUUUGGAGUUUAUCGCGAUUGGUAAGCUACGUGGAUCUGUCCAGGGGAAAAUAUUGUGUUUGUCUGGACCGCCAGGAACUGGAAAAACUUCCAUUGCCAAAUCGGUCGCUGAUGCGCUUGGUCGUCAGUUCUUUCGAUUUUCGGUGGGAGGGCUUUCGGAUGUUAGUGAAAUCAAAGGCCACCGUCGAACAUACAUUGGAGCUAUGCCAGGGAAACUGAUUCAAUGCCUGAAGGCGACUGGAACUACAAACCCUGUUGUAUUGAUAGAUGAAAUCGACAAGCUCGGUACAGGUUUCCGAGGAGAUCCCGCUAGUGCUCUACUCGAAGUCCUCGAUCCAGGCCAAAAUUCAACGUUUCGUGACUAUUUUUUGGAUGUUCCAGUGGACAUAAGUAAAGUUCUAUUCAUUUGCACUGCCAACGAGCUGGAGCGCAUUCCUGGGCCACUACUGGACCGUAUGGAAGUCAUUCGGCUGUCGGGCUAUGAUCUCCCAGAGAAGGUCGCCAUCGCCGAGCAAUAUCUGGUACCGAAAUCAAUGCGUGACAGUGGGCUAUUGGGCGUGCCUGAAACCCUAAAGUUAACAAUCGACGCAGUUCGAAGCUUGGCCCGGUGGUACGCCCGAGAAGCUGGAGUGCGAAACCUUGCAAAGUAUAUCGAUCGUAUUACCCGAAAGCUCGCACUGCAAGUCGUGGCGGAAAGUGAGGGUGCCACAUUGACCGAUAAGAGUUCACGAAAGUCAAACACUUGGGAGAUCACAGAAGACAAUUUACACGAGUACGUGGGUAAACCUGUCUUUACGAGUGACCGGCUAUAUGAGGACGGGCCUCUUCCCCACGGUAUUGUCAUGGGACUCGCUUACACUUCCAUGGGUGGAUCUGCCCUCUAUAUCGAGACUCAAAGCAUCAGGCGCGGGUUGGAUUCGGAAGGGAAAACCCGAGGAGGCGGUACUUUGAAGGUCACAGGGCAACUCGGAGAUGUCAUGAAAGAAAGUACGCAAAUCGCAAGUACAGUCGCGCGUGCCCGCCUUUCUGAUAUCAAACCGGAAAGCAACUUUUUCGACAUAAACGACAUCCACAUGCAUGUCCCUGAGGGAGCAACUCCCAAAGACGGGCCGUCGGCGGGUGUCACUAUGGUAACUUCUAUGCUUUCCUUGGCUUUGGAUCGACCAAUUCGAAACGACCUGGCCAUGACAGGUGAAGUGAGCCUCACGGGCAAAGUGCUGGCAGUCGGUGGCAUCAAGGAGAAAAUCAUGGGAGCCCGAAGGGCCGGUAUCAAGUGUGUCAUUCUACCGGCCGCGAACAAACGCGACUACGAUGAGAUUCCUGACUAUUUAAAGGAAGAUUUGGAAGUCCAUUACGCUGACACUUUCGACAAAGUGUACGAAGUGGCCUUUUCGUCCGUGGAUUCAACGUAGAGACUAACAAUAUAACGAAGAAGGACAGGAUGC